UCGUUAACGCAUAUAAAACUCGGAACCGUUUACGUGUCUUCUGUCACAACAUACAAGAUGGCGGACAACAACGCUAACGUUGCUACUAGUAGAAAUCGUUGGUCCGAACAGGAGGAAACUGUAAUAGCCCAGGAAAUAAUUAAAAACUAUGAUGUCCUGUUCGGCCCAAUGACCGGUUGUGGCGCACUCAAAAUUGGAGAGGUUCGAAGGAGAGGCUGGGAAGCCGUGGCAAAUGUUCUAAACUGCCAAUUUUCCACCUAUAAGCGCGCAGGUUCAGAGGUGAAGAAAAAAUACUAUAACAUGAAAGACAAAACAAAGACAAAAAAUGAUGAGAUGAGGAGGCCAGGCACUGGAGGAGGGCCCCGGGUGAAAGAGUUCACCAUUCCGGAGGGGAUUCUCCUUCAGCAUUUUGGGGAUUCCGCCUCUGUGGCAGGGGUCCCCAAUGCAAUUGACACUGAUGCUCCAGAGGGUGCUUCAAUCAACAUAAUUGAACUGGGCAAGAUGCCAAUAGAUGGUAGCACUUGCAUGACGUUCAAGAUAGAUGAAAGAGGACUAGGAGCUCAGAAGACGUCAAGUGUAUUCCAACGUGCAGUGGAUGAUGAAGCUGGGCCAUGCUCAUCAGGGACCAAGACCAAUACCAAAUCAAUGAAAAUGGCCAACAAAAACCAGAGUAAAAGAGCUAGGGCAAGUUUCAACAAAUUGGCUGAGGACAACCUAAUAGCAGAAAAGAAGAACAUCCAUCUGCAACAAGUAAAUCUAAGAUUGAAGAAUCAAUUGAUACUGGCACAACUGAAAGUUGCCAGAUUAACGGCACAAAAAAUUGAAGAAGAAAUUAAAAUGUUAAAAGCAAGCAAUGAAUGUUAACCCUUUACCACUUAGUUACGCAUUUUCACGCAUUUGUAGUCCCUU